CCGUUUUUGGUAGCAUAUGAGUCUGACUCAUUGAAUUUAGUUCCCAUAUCGCGGGUUGCUGCUUGUUCUUCACCCCGCGAUAUAUCUCUUUCGCCGCUAUUUUUGCUUUGUUGAAGUUGUGCUCCGAUGGAAUUUAAAGGAACGGUGCUGGCAUCUGAUCGAUCAGUCUUCUCUAAUCGAUUUCGAGUCACAAGCGCAUAUGGAAGUUACUAUAGAGAGCACAAAGGAAGAGCCUUCUUUGGUGGGGCGUAUUAAAACUAGACGAAAUCUCAUUUGCUUAACUCAUGCACAGGUUGCUGAGUCAGUGCGCAUGGGCUGGGCUGUACUUGAACGUGAAAAAUCAUCUUACAAUUCCUUCAUGUACUACUCAGUAUCCGGUGGAAAUGGAUCAGAAAAAGACGAUAAAGCUGGUUCUGACUUUGAUGAUUUAUUAGCUGGAUUUGGAAGGCAUGCUCCUAAUAUUGGUUUGUCCUCUGAACCAACUAUAAGUGCAUCUAAAACAACCUCCACUGCAGCAGAAGACCCUUUGAAAGUAUAUGAAUCAACUUCAGCCCCAAUGGAUUCAUCCACAAGCAACUUUACAGACCCUUUUGAAGAAAUUAGUAAAUUUAAUGGUUCUAGAAGCACAAAAAAUAAUAGUUCAUCAACUUCAAAUGGCAUAAUAUAUGAAGACACUGACUCUUUUGACGGGCUCGGAAGAUCUGUACCUGCACUCUCAUCCCAGAGAAAUAGCAGUAAGGGAUUUAGAUUUUGACUGUAGAACCAUGUGAAGAUACAAUACUUUUUGUUUUCCUGCUUAUGAAAAUUUAAGUUAUCGAGUGUUAAUCCACAUAAGUAGCUUAUGUUUUGGAUGAGAUUGUUGCCAUUAUUGGGAAAUUGAGACUAUUUAUUUAAUUCUCUAUUAUAUUAGUAUA